AUGGACAACAGCACCAGGGAACCCAGAACUGCUCACCCUGCUGCAUUGUUGCGGAUAAUCUCCAAGGGUGGCCCCAUGCAGAGCACACAUUGCAAAGUCAUGGAAGAACUGUGUCUGACUAAAUGGACGGAUCCAGAAGUAUUUGAGGCAAGUCUCUCUGGAAUUGACCAUGUGGAGGAGAUGGAACUCCUAUUGGAAAAUUACUACAGGCAGGCAGAAGAUCUAAUGAAUGAAACCCGGGAACUUAAAAUACUUAUUGAUGAUUCUGAAAGUAUCAUCUUUAUUAACUUAGACAGCCACCGUAAUGUUAUGAUGAGGUUGAACUUGCAGCUGACCAUGGGUACUUUUUCAAUCUCGCUUUUCGGAUUGAUAGGAGUAGCAUUUGGUAUGAAUUUGGAAUCAUCAUUUGAAGAGAACCAUGGAAUGUUCUGGAUGGUGACAGGAAUUAUGUUCCUAGGCAGUGGCUUAAUUUGGUGGCGCCUAUUGACAUUUCUUGGAAGGCAUCUAGAACCAUCAAUGCUUCCACCAAUGCCGGGUUUAUUGAAAAAAACACAGUCAGCCAAUGGAAAAGUAGAGUUUAAGAAUGUUUUCAAAACCGAAUCCUUUGAGUCAAGCAGAAGUACAAUGACCAGCCAAUGACAUGAAUACUCCAGGAUAACUUGAACUCGAGACUUUCAUCCUGGAUUUACUUUUUCAAAAAAAAAUGUAGCAGCCUCUACCAUUUGACUGUGUUAUAUCCCAAAAAUACGAAGUUAAAAAUCUUCAGUUAUGGAGAGAAGAGUUUUGAAUACCACAAUAGAAAAUUUAAAUCGUGUACAUGUUAAAACCAUCCCCUUUUUUCCUCUAACUAAUGCUUUCUGUGGGAAUUCUGAUAAAAUUAUGAUACUUUUGCCAAUGUAAGAAA